AUGAAACGAGCCCCUGUCUGGACGGCAUUCAUAACAUCUUACAUUAAAUCGCGUGAUUGGAUGCGACGCACCAGCGCAACUGUCGUUGUCCUUCGCAAACUUCAUUUGUCCAUCUUCGACUUCUCUGACUAUCAUCCUCCACAGCUAUCUGGAGGUGAUUAUAUUCUAAACUUUACUUCUGCUUUUGAUGCCGAUAGCUUCGUGAGAACCAUCAAAGAAAUCGCCCAUGGCCGAUGA